AUGGCUUUGUUUUUAGACCAGGCAUGUGAUUAUGUUCAUAAAAUUAACGAAGAUGGAGAAAUUGAUUUUAUCUUCAACAAAAGCGAAGCUCGAUUUGCAGAUGUUGUAAACGAUCGCGCGCUGUCUUCUCCAGAGGCAGACCGGAUCGCGCAACCAGAAGCCCAGAGGAAACGGAAAAGGACGAUUUUCAGCCGGGCGCAGCUGUCGGAGCUCGAGCGCGCCUUCGGGGUCACGCCAUACCCUGACAUCACACUGCGGGAGAGACUCGCUGCUCUCACUCUGCUGCCCGAGAGCAAAAUCCAGGUGUGGUUUCAAAACAGACGUGCUCGGAGCAUCAAGAGUGGCAGACUGACCAGACCGGUGAAGAAAAAUCCAGUCGCAGCUAAUCAUAAGGCAGAAGGCAUUUUUCCUCAUCCAAGCCCCGCUCUUAAAGUCUCUUCUGAUGCAGGCCAGAAGAAAAGACCCGAAGUUUACCAAUCGUCUGACACAAACAACCAGCAGCAGAUGUCUGACCUGGACUGGGUGAGGCAGGCAUUGUGCCCCUGGUCUCAGAAUCUGCCUCGAUCUACACCCCCGGUCCCGUCCAUAUCCCCUGAUCUCCCUGGAGCACUCCCCUGGGGAAACCAGCCCUCCAAAACACCUGGAAGUCAUUCUGUCUCAACAGAUCAGGUGGCAAGGCCAUUCCAUUCCCUACCCCAGUGCCAGUGGAGUGAGCAUGCUGAGAUUGGCACCCAUACACCCUCAGCUGGAGGCUUUUCAGCAAAACCUCAGUGUAACAUUACUCAAAACGGGUAUCCGUCUUUUCCCAUGGACCAGGUGGUUCCUUCACACUCCGCACAAACCUGUUGGCAGGGAAGCAUGCAUCGACAGGGACAGCCCCUUGUGCACUACCCUCAGACGUCCCUAGGAGACAUCUCCGACCUGAUCUACAGUGCUGCCGUAGUCACCAAUCUGGCCGACUUCUGA